GUGUUGUCCUCGCCAUAAUAGUGAAAGCCUUCAUGACAGGUUAAGGCGCAAGCCUUUUGACAAGGUGGCUGUGUUCCGUUAUUAUUCCAGCAGGUCCGGCCAGCAGGUUGGACCCUUUCACGGCGCCCCUGGCAGAUUGGUCAGACUGGUCAGCUGAAACGAUAUUUCUUUGCUGUAUCAGACUUUUGUAAUCUGGGGCCAUUGACCGGUGUGCACUGAGCUCUCAGAGGAAGCCGCACAUUGUGUUCAAUUUGCAGCUUUUGUAUCCUGAUCUUCAAAUGCUUACUGCCAUCUCAUUAGGAGACCCAGACGCGCCGCAGAAUAACAAAAACUCCAUUGCAAAACGUUACGUCUAGUCUCAACCAGAGAAGUUGCUAAGGAUAAGAACUGCCAAGGAGGAGUUACCAAAGAGCAGCCAUGGCAACUUCCAACGACACCAACAAGAGCAACGAAGCGCAGAACGAGGAGAGCGUCGGGUCAGACAUGGCCUCCCAGAAGCCUCCCAAGCCUAGUAUUUCUUCAAAGUGGAAGUCGGCCGCUAUCAAAACAGUUGAAAAGGAAACGGGCCAGAAAGUGACGUUUGAUCCGGAGGACAGUGUACAUAGCGGCAACUCGCUGUGGAACACGCUGGACGUGGAGCAUCGGGAGGGGGGGAGUCUCCACCGGCACAAGAGCAAGUUUCACGGUCUGGUCCAGCAUGUGCUCGAGAAGUCUGUCAGCCAGGGGGAUCAAGACCUCCUCUUUGCUCCGGUCCGCCCGUACGUAAUCCACCCCGCCAGCAACAAGUACAUUUACUACCAGUACUGCUUCAUCCCGUUCGUGUUCUGGAGUGCUUGGGCCGUGCCAUUCACGUGGGCCUUUCUCAACAUUGGGCGCACGCACCCGCUCAGCAUCAUCGAUUACUUCAUCGACUUCCUGUUCUACAUCGACGUCGUGGUUACGUUUCGGCUCGCGUACAUCGAGAAGAGGACGUAUCUCGUGGUCGAUGAGCCCCGUCGAAUCGCCAGAAGGUACCUGCGGAGCACUUUCGUCAUGGACAUGGUGGCCAAUUUUCCGUACCACGUCUUCGGCGCACAUCAGUCCGUGCGAUGGCUCACGCUCGUUAAGCUCUGGCGUCUCAAGCGCAUCGGGAGACUGUUUGCGAAGGCUGAGAAGGACAUCCGCAUCAAUUACUUCGUGGCACGGGUCUCGCAUCUCUAUCUGGUGGUUAUCUUCGUGGCGCACAUGGCGGCGUGCAUCAUUUACGAGCUGGCGUCGGGCUACCCCGACUUCAAGCGCGAAAACACGUGGAUCGCGCUCAUGUAUGGCGAUGAGUGGAAAGAACGGAGCGUCUACUCCAAGUACGUGGCGGCCAUCUACUGGUCCAUCACGACGCUGACGACCACGGGGUACGGCGACUUUCAUCCGUACAACACGGGGGAGUUUAUUUUCUGCGCCGUGUACAUGCUCGUGGUGAUGGCGAUCACGUCAUACGUGCUCGGCAACAUGACCGCCAUCAUUGUCAAGCUCAGCUCCAGGGUGCAGGAUUACCGUGACAGCAUCAGCGCACUCGACGGCUUCGUGGCCCGCAACCGGUUGCCGCAGCACUUGCGCCGCCAAAUGAAGCGUCACGCGCGGCUCAAGUUCGAAACGGCAGAGGAUCGAUCCGAUGUGGUCAAGGCGUUCCCCAAGAGCAUCCGCGCGCGCAUCUCGCGGUACCUUUACCGCGACCUGGUGGAGCACAUCUACCUCUUCCGCGACUGCUCGCGCGAGUUUGUCGCCACCCUAGUUGGUGACGUCAAGGUCGAGUGGUUCAUGCCCGGGGAAGUCAUCAUCAACGAGCGAGACGCGCCGACGCUGUUCUACAUUCUGGCAACCGGGAAGGUUGACAUCAUCACGACGCUUGAGGACGGGUCCGAAGAGGUGAUCACCGCAGUCGAGGAGGGCGACCUGUUCGGCGAGAUCGGCGUUUUGUGCAACAUGCCGCAGCCAUUCAUGUGCCGCGCCACGCAGCUGACCAAAGUGCUGCGCAUCGAUCGGAACGAUUUCUCGGGUGUGGUCCAGGCGUACGUUAAGGACGGGAACCAGGUGGUUCAGAACCUGCUCGAGCGUACCAAGAACGAGGACGACGUUCUGGCGAGCAAGCUGUCGGCCGAGAUCGUGUCGCUGAUCAAGCAGCAGGAGGCUGAGCUCACGAUGACGCUCGUCUACGUGGCGUCCCGCGGCGAUCUGACCCAUCUCCAAAAGCUGAUGCACGGGGGGGUGGAUCCCAACAAGGCGGACUACGAUGGGCGGACCCCCCUGCAUUUGGCCGCGUCCAAGGGCUUCGACGACAUCCUUCGGUUCCUCAUCCGCGAGGGCGCUGACGUCAACUACCGCGACAACUUCGGGACGACCCCCCUGAACGAGGCGCUCAAGAACGGCCAGGACGACUCCGCGCGGCUGCUCUGGGAUAACGGCGCGCGCCUCAGCAAAGUACGCGCGGGGUCCGAGAUGUGCGAGGCGGCCGCGGCAGGAAACGUGGAGUAUCUAAAGCGCCUGCUUGAAUACGGCGCGGAUCCGGACUCCGCUGAUUACGACUUCCGUACGGCGCUGCACGUCGCGGCGGCGGAGGGCUACUUUCUCGUGGCUAAGGUGCUGGUGGAUAACGGGGCAAACGUUUUGUUCGCGGAUCGCUGGGGACACACCGCCAUUGACGAGGCUGCAUCCGGGAACCACGCCAAAGUGGUGGCGUAUCUAGAGGCGGCGAAAGAAAAGAUGAGUGCGGAAGGCAAGUCAGCGCCCGAACAGGCCCUGCUGGAUUCGGAGGAGCGCAUCCAGGAGCGCUUCCGGCGGAUGGAAUCCUUUGGCAGAGCGCCGCCCCUGCAAAAGCCGAAGGCGGAGAAGCUGAUCCACCGAGGGAGCCCCCUGGAAGCGAUGCUUACCGCCCACACUUCGCAUAUGGCCCGCCCCGGCGGGGGGGAGCUGGACUCAGAGGCGCCAGUCGUCGCGAUGGCGGCCGCGGCGCGGGGCGUGGGCAGGAGUCUGACGCAGCGCGCGUGGCAGGAGGCGGGGUCGUACGGGGGACCGGCGCCGGCCGGCAUGUCGGGGCGGCACUCGCCGUCACUGGUGCACGAGUCCGCUGUCCGGCGCAUCACCGUCCGGAAGGGCCGUCCGGGCGAUCUGAGACCGCCGAGCCGCCUCAUGCGGAUGCCGCACAGCCUGGAGGAGCUGCUCGCGGACGCAGGCCGCGACUUCGACUUCGAGCCGACGCUGGUGUUCCACGAGAAUGGCGGCCUCAUCUCGGACGCCCAACUGAUCGCGGACAAUGACGUGGUGUAUGUUGCGGACAAGGAUGAUAUGGCGACGGACGGUCAGGAAGAUCCCAGGGUGCUUCUCAACAAGCUGUUGGCGCUUCUGGGUUGA